GGAGCUUUUUAUCAACGAGCUAGAAACACGGACACGGGCGGGAUGAUGGGAAAUAACAUUAGCAACCAUCCCACAAUCCCUUUCCUAGGGUGGCUUGCGUGCGCAUGCGCGUGAGGUGGCGAUGAGUGGGCCGUGAUCGUUCCAAAACAGUUUGCUACCAGCUGGUCCUGCAUGUUUUGUACUGAAUCUUUUAGUCUCUGGGAAGGUUUGUGACAUUUUCUUGGUAGGGAAUUAGCAGACGUUAGGUUAUGUAUAGGUUAAUCUAAAUGCCAGGUUCAUAAAUCGGCAUAUUGUAACGUUCACAAUUCCGCAGAUCCAUAGAUCACUUUGUGCGAUAUGGCCGUCUGAAGUUGGCUCACACAGGAUCAACCGCCUGGCUGUCGGAGAACAUUCCGGGGCGCUGUGCAGAUUUGUUAGUUCACGCGAAGAUGGACAGCUUGUCAGGAGGAACCGUGGGGACGUCCACAUACUCCGAACAGCUCCUGCACGGACUGAACGAGCUGCGACAGCGGCAAGAGUUGUGCGAUGUGGUGCUGAGGGUGGGCGAGAGGAAGUUCCAUGUUCACAGGGUCGUCCUUGCGAGCUGCUCUCCCUAUUUCAAGGCCAUGUUCACCGGGAACCUGUGUGAACGCGACCAGGAUGAAGUGGAGUUCCACUGUAUUGAUGAAACUGCUAUGAUGCUGCUGAUUGACUUUGCCUACACGGGCACAGUGGCCGUGACGGACGCCAACGUGCAGAUGCUGCUGCCCGCGGCCAGUCUGUUCCAGAUAGAACAGGUCAUCAGGCAGUGCUGUGAUUUUCUGCAGUCUGCGCUCCACCCACACAACUGCAUCGGCGUGGCCCGUUUUGCCCAGCUGCACGCCUGCUUCAAGCUGUAUACUCAGGCCUAUAACUACAUCUGCAGACACUUUGAAGAUGUGUCCAAGUCAGAGGAGUUCUUCCUGCUGACUGCGUCCGAGAUUCUGGACCUUUUGUCCAACGACAACCUGAAUGUCGUGUCAGAGGAGUCGGUGUUUGAGGCUGUGGAAAGGUGGAUCUACUUUGACUAUGCAAACCGCCGGUGCUACCUGUCCAAACUGCUGAGGUGCAUUCGUCUCCCGCUGCUACCCGUCAAGUUCCUAACCCGCUGCUACGAAGCCAACCCGCUGGUGCGAGAGGACCCCACCGCACAACACCUGCUGAACGAUGCCCUGAAGUAUCACCUGGUUCCCGAGCUCCGGCUGCGCUCGCUGGAUGAUGAUGAUACAGAACAGCAGACCACUGCACGACCAAGGUGUCCGCCUAAAGUCCUGUGUGCUGUGGGGGGGAAGAAUGGGCUUUUUGCCACAUUAAACAGUGUCGAGGUGUACUUUCCCGAGAGCAACACGUGGACCGAGGUGUCGCCUCUCAACCACCAGCGAUACAACUGUGCCACGGCGGUCGCAGACAACAGGCUGUUCGUGUUCGGCGGGAUCACCUGCAUUCCACAGAACGGGGAGACGCACCACAUCCACUCCAACUCCGUGUCGUGCUGGGACCCCACCACCAACAGCUGGACGUCCAUAGCACCCAUGAACCACUGCCGCAGCUCCCUCACGGUCACCGUGCAUGGGGGGUACAUCUAUGCACUCGGGGGGUACAACGGCGAGCGGUACCUCAGCACGGUAGAACGGUACAGCCCGCGGACAAACAGUUGGGAGGAGAUGUCGCACAUGCUGAAGCCACGGAGCUGUUUUGCUGCAGCUGCUGCUAACGGAGCAAUCUUCGCCAUCGGAGGGUACGGGCCCACACAUCUGGACAGUGUGGAAAGGUACAACCCCACUGAAGACAGCUGGGAGUUUGUGGCACCCAUGGCCGACAAGAGGAUCAACUUCGGCGUGGGCGUGACACACGGGUAUCUGUUUGUGGUGGGGGGACACAACGGCAUGCAGCACCUCAACACCAUCGAGAGGUAUGACCCGUACAGUGACCAGUGGGCCUCCUGCACACCCAUGGAGACACCCAGUACAGGACUUGGUGUUGCAGUACUGAACGGCCACCUGUACGUAGCAGGGGGUCACUCAGGGUCAUCGUACCUGCAACAGGUGCUGCAGUACGACCCCGUGGAGGACAGCUGGGCACCUGGACCCAGCAUGAAUGUAGCCAGGUGCAACUUUGGACUUGCCGCCCUGUGACAAUGGAGUCUUGUGCUGCCUUCAGCAGUGGGGUGAGAUGAGAUUACGUAUCCACACAGACCGCUGGGAGGUGCAGGGUUUGGAUGUGGACGAGUGAGAUUGUACUAAGAAGGCUACCAGUCGCUCUGAAUUGUCAUAGAAUUAUGACUCUGGCAAGAAGAGUGGCAGGAGUAGCUUGAGAGUAUUCAUGGCUCUACCACUGAGUACCAGUAUACUAAAUGUGGGAGUGCGAGGGCCUCCCUGAUCACUAGUACUUCUGUGAUGAAAAGUUUCCUCAUCGGGAGAUGAUUGUCAUGUUUCUGCAGUGAGCCGGUGAUGUUUCCUACCUCCGGGACGGGUCAUGCAGUAUUAGUGCUGAUUUUGCCGGGUCUUAGCUUUUAAAGGGUCAUGGUAAUAAAUUUAUACCCAUUACUCUAUGCGAUCCUUCAUAGGGAUGGCCAGCCUUGCAACAAGUUAUCCAGGGGUAAGAGUUAGUUUUUCCUCACA